AAUAAUUACCUGCAUGAAACUGUUUAUGUGGCGAUUGGGAAUCAUAGGUAUUUCCUGUCAUUUCAGUUUUACUAUAUUUCCAAAAUGCUACCUAAGAUAUUAAUGUUUUUCAUAGUUUAAUGGUUGUUUUGUUUUACGUGUAAUAUUUCAAUAGAAGCGCUAUUAACGUUGUUAAUUAUGGAAGAUCGCGCAGCUAAAUUGGCGCUAGCACGAAAAAAGGUCGAAAUAUGUGGUCACAUAAGGGGUGACGCCUAUUCCCUGAAGAAGGCUGUAUAUAACGACGUUUGCCGGGUCCGUCGAGGUUGGCGCUUGUGUCUUAACUCCCUAUAAGCCAUGCAUUCUGUCGGCGCGUUUCCCACCUUAGAAUUAGGCUUAAAGAUCAUCAAGAUAAGAAAUUAAUUGGUGGUCAAAAAGAGGACAUAUAUAAAUCUGAAAAAUCCGAAGCCUGUUUAAUAAUAAAUGACAAUGAGUCUCUGAAAACAGUGGUCAAAAAUGAUGAGGAAGUCCCUGAAAUGAUACAGAGCACACAAGAAAUACAAAACCCUGAUUUUGAAGCAAAUGGAAAUAACUAUUUGUCAUCUACCAUCUCAAAUACAGACAAUUUAAAAAAAUCUAAUAUAACUGAAAAUAACAUAAUCCCAGAACCUGAUUUAAAUAUCACUGAGAUUUUGAUUUCAAAUAAAAGAAACCUAGAAUUACAAGUUCAUCACUUACAAUCAUCAUUAGAACAACUGGAACAAAAAAAUGCUCUGGUAGUAAAUGAUUAUAAAAUAUGCAAUCAAAAACUUAAAGAGUUAGAACAUGAAAUUAAUAAUAUCAAUGACAAAUAUAUAAAAGCUACAGAGGAAAUAACUAUAAAAAAUGCAAAACUUAAUGAACUUAAUUCUCUUCAGUUAACUUUAUCCGAGGAAAAUAGUAAUUUGACUGAACAAUUAGAAUUUACAAAAAGUGUUUUACAUUCUAAAGAGGCAGAAAGUGAUUCCCUCCAUAAGCAAUUACUAAACGUUCAAAGCCAAUAUGAUGUCAUACACUUGCAGUUGCAACAACUAACUAAUGGCUCACCAGUUACACUACCAGCUGAAAAACCUGUAAAUGAUGAGAAAACACAAGCUAUGUCACAAAAAAUAUCCUAUUUAGAGCAGCAAUUGACUUCUUUGCAAAAAGAAAGGGAUCAAAUCAACGCACAUUAUGAACACUAUGUUGCUGAAUUAAAUGAACAAUUAAGCUCAUUAGUAAGAAAAAAUGAGGAACUUGUACGAAAUGUUGAAAAUUUGUCAAACAGAGAGAACAGUUUAAUUGAACAAAUAAGUGACAUGGAAAUUAGGAUACAGAAUUACAACGUAGAUAAAAAAAACUUUGAAGUGGAUCGUACUACUACAACUAUCAAGGAUCUACAAGAUAAUUUGGUAAAAGCUCUGGAUGAUCUAAACGAAUUGAAAACAAAGCAUGAAUGUCUUCAAAAUCAGUAUGCAGAAAGUAUUGCCAAAGUUCAGGAACUCUCAGACGUAAAGGAACCUGAAUGUAAUCAUGAUAACAUUAGCCUUUCCAAGUUAAAUGCUGAUAUGACAAGUGAUAAAGUUGCAGCUCAAAGAGCUACUGAACAAAAUAAGCAAUUGAAGCAAGAUAUUCAGCGUUUGGAAGAUGCAUUUGUUAAAAUGAGUAAAGAUAAAUUGGAACUAACAGAGAAAAUUACGGCUGAAAAGUAUCUGAACAGAGAACUUACCAUUAAAUUAUCAGAAGUAGAAGAAAAAGCAAAGGAUAUGCAAAUUAAGUUGAAAGCCAAAGAUGAAGAGAUGAUAAGAUUGCAAUCGAACUAUCGCGAAAUUCAAAAGCAAUGUGACGAUUUAAUGAAUUCCGAUAGAAACGUAAACACAAGAGCCUCAGAAGCAGAGAAACCAGUUCCGGAAGUGAAUAUAGUUAGUGGAUCACAUGCACAUACUGAAACAGAUACAGACUGCAAACAGUUACUGCAUGAAACAGAUGAAAGAAAUGAACACACUAAUAGCCUCCAGCGAGCAGACGCGAUGGUCAAACUUCAGGACCGUUUCCUCAAGAUAAUGGCUGAGGUUGCAGACUUAUCUGAUGAGAAGCACAGGUUGGAACAUAUAAUUUUACAGCUCCAAAACGAAACCGAUACCAUUUGUGAAUAUGUUGCAUUAUAUCAACAACAGAGAAGUUUGUUAAAACGGCGCGACGAAGAAAGAAGUGCGCAGUUAAAAGUUUUUCAACAGGAAUGUGGAAAACUCAAAAGUGAAUUAGACGAACUUGGUGGCCUUCUUAUUCGUUUUGCUGAAGAUAAAGAAUUAUCGUCCUAUUUCGUAACCGAGUCGAAACGUAUUGACAUGGAAAGGGUAAUGACUUUACUCGCCAAUCUUAAGAAUAACUCUUUAAUUGAUAUCAAUAAGAAAAAUAUUGAGUUUAAGAACUUUUAUCCUUGUAACUGUUGCUCCGGAAAACUAAUUGAUGUAUAGAAUAUAAUAAAAUAAAAUUAGUUUAGAUUUGGUUUAUAACAGCAUAAAUCUGUCCAUCGAAGUGAGGUAUAACUUGGUCGCAAGGCACGAUGCACCAACAAAUACAAAAAAAUGUGCACCAGGGGCUUAGUCUUUUCGCUAAUAAUCGACCAUUUUACAUCUGUUAUCAAUCAACCUGCGCCCACAGUCUCUCAUUUAUUUUUAACUAAAAAUAUUUUAAUGCCUUUUAAUCAAAUUUCGAAUGUUCAUGAAACCUAAUAAAGGUAAAUGUUAACAAUUAUUUAAUAAAAUCGCUCUUACCAAGAA